GAGUAGGGAGUGGAGUGAGACGCUGGCAUCCCUAACUUCCCUUCAAUGGCGAUUGAAGAUGAAAACCCUAACCCUAGCCCUGUGACUCCAAUAGUGCCAAGACCUAGGGACGGAGGUCCCAUUGUCUCAGACACUGGCUCUUCUCAGCCUCAUGAUCCGGCUCAAGAUGACGUCACUGCAUCGGCUACGAAGCCUCAGAGUUCCAAAGACUUUAUCAUCUCCGUCGCCACGAAAAUCUCUUCUCAGCCUCUGCAGAACUUCGAUCCUGAAGUCUGGGGCGUUCUCACUGCCAUCUCCAAUUGCGCCCGUAAACGCCGCCAGGGUAUAAAUGUGCUCUUGACUGCUAAUGAGCACUGCAUUGGACGUUUGGCAGAGGACACACGUUUCCAGAUUGAAUCAGCUGCAGUUAGUGCAAAUCAUUGCAAAAUUUAUAGGAAGAUGGUUGCUUAUGAAGACGAGGAUCAUCCCUCUGCAUUUUUGAAAGAUACUAGCACAAAUGGGACAUAUCUCAACUGGGAGAAGUUGAAGAAGAAUAGCCCUGAAUCUAUGCUACAUCAUGGAGAUAUUAUAUCAUUUGCUGCUCCUCCUGAUCAUGAGAUUGCAUUUACAUUUGUAUAUCGAGAUGUUCUUAAGUCCUCUCCCUUGAAUGUGGCAGUUCCAAAAAGAAAAGCAGAGGAGCUUCGUAUUGAAAACAAGAGAAUAAAAGGUAUUGGCAUUGGUGCUCCUGAAGGACCUAUUUCUCUUGAUGAUUUUAGAAGCCUUCAGCGGUCAAACACGGAAUUGAGGAAGCAGUUAGAAAACCAAGUCCUUACCAUUGAUACAUUGCAAAAUGAGAACCGUGCUGCUAUUGAGCGUCAUGAAAAUGAAAUGAAGGAGCUGAAAGAAUUAGUGUCCAAACCAUAUGUUGAUCAAUUGCAAGAGCUGCACCACUUUUUGGAGGUUAAACAGAAGGAAUUGGUAGAGGUCAAUAGAAUAUUGGCCGAACAAAAACAUGCUAUGAGUGACCUUAAUGAAAGACUUAGUGCAUCUAUGCAGUCAUGUGCUGAAGCAAAUGAAAUAAUGACCAGUCAGAAGGCAUCUAUAUCUAAACUUGAGGCACGAUUAGAUGAAGAGCAAGAUCAGAGAAUGGAAGAACGAGAAAAGGCUACAGCUGAUCUAAAAGCGGCAAUACAUAGAGCUCAGUCAGAGGCUCAAGAGGAAAUAAAACGACUGUCUGAAGUGGCCUUAAGACGAGAAAGAGAGCUGCAAGAAGUAAUUAAUAGACUUCAGGAGUCGGAGAAAGAAAGGUGUUUACUGGUAGAAACUUUGAGAUCUAAACUGGAAGACACUAGACAAAAGUUGGUUAUUUCUGACAAUAAAGUUCGCCAGCUAGAAACCCAAGUUUGUGAAGAGCAACUAGCCUCUGCAGAUGGAAGAAAAAGAGCAGAAGAACUCCAGCAUGAGAUGAAGAGAUUGAGGAAGGAGCUUGAGAGUGAAAAGCAGGCAGCACGAGAAGAAGCAUGGGCUAAGGUUUCUAUGCUGGAACUUGAGAUAAAUGCUGCAAUGCGGGAUCUUGAUUUUGAGAGGCGGAGGUUAAAAGGUGCUAGGGAAAGAAUUAUGCUUCGGGAAACACAACUGCGGGCAUUUUAUUCCACAACUGAGGAGAUUUCAAAUCUGUUUGCAAAGCAGCAGGAACAGCUGAAGGCAAUGCAGAGGACCCUGGAAGAUGAGGAUAAUUAUGAGAACACAUCGGUUGAUAUCGACCUUAAUCCAACAGAUGGAUUCAUAAAUGGAACUGUCAUCAGAGAAAAAGAAGUAAUCGGGUUUAGGAGCAGUAUUGUUGCUAAGACAGGCUCUGCUACUUCAGCCCAGAGGUUUGGCAGAAAUUUAGCUGAAACUUCCAGCAAUGAAGCCAGUGUUACCGAGAAGCAUGACUGCGACAUCAGAACCCAAGAAAACACGCAAGAGGCAGAAUUCACAAGUGCUGAUUGUCUUGUAAAGGGUGGAUUCGGUUCUGACAUUGAUGGUGUUGGCACAGCACCUGCUUUGGAAGGGGACCCCAUCGAAACUGAGAGAGUUAUGGAAACUGAAAGCCCUGGCAUCAAUGGUGAAAAGAACAUUGAUUUAAACAAGUGCAUUGAUCUAGCUGGGGACACAAUGCAGCUUGACGAUGAAGCCCAUAUACGUGAAACUGAAGAGCCAGGUCGAAUCAAUUGUGGGGAGGGUUCUCAUCACUCCCAAUCAAAUAGCGGAUUUGAGAAUUUGAAAUCUAUGGAAGAUACAGAAGCUGGAGGAACAAUCAGAACCGCAGACCUCUUGGCUUCAGAAGUUGCUGGUAGCUGGGCGUGCAGCACAGCACCUUCUGUCCAUGGAGAGAAUGAAUCUCCAAAAAGUAGAGACCAUGAUCAAAAUCAUCCUGUGGCCCUACAUGAUGCCAAUGGUCAAGUAGCUGAGAGUCAAACUAACCCAUCUUCUGUGGUUGCUACUAACAGAUUGAGUCGUGAACGGCAAGCACUAAGUGAGAUGAUUGGAAUCGUUGCUCCUGAUUUGAAGGAGCAGUUUGGUGGUGCUGGGGAUGAUGAUUAUGACGGAGGGAGGGAAAAGGGGGGUUGUACUUCCAACUCAGAUACUGAGAAUUGCACCGACAGCAGCGAUGAUGAUUAUGUAAGAGUCCAUGCUAAAGAUGGAUCAAUUUCAGAUGCAGAAACUGAAGGUGGUGAUCAAGCUGAUGAAGAUGAAAACCGCAACGACGCAAUGGAGGAAGAUGAUGAAGCUACUCAAGAAGGUUCUUUGGGAUAAGCUGACAUGUAAAUGAAUGUGCAGAGGGUUCAUUGUUUGGCCUUCUAGGAGGAUUAGGUUGUACAUGCGCGAUGUAGUUGAAUUUUAUUUCCUUUUCCUUUUUGGCUCAGUACCUCUCUCCUUGUAUUUAAGUUUUGAGUGUGGACUGGGCUGUUCUUAAUCUUACUCUAUCAGGAAAUUUGAAAUGUUGGAAUGAAAUCUGAAUCAGGAGAGCACCUUCUUAAGGUUA